UUGUCGCUAUGUUUGUUAAUAGGUACUUCUCUUGUAAGGUGGUAUCCUAUUCAAAGGGAACAUAAAUGACAGAGGUUACCCUCCUGUUCAGUUUCCUUCUAAAGUGACUUAGCAGUUACAUUAUAACAUGUAUGUCAGGAAAUAAAUAUGAGGAGCACCAGAAUUGUAUGAAUAUACUGUCAAAGAGGUAUACAUUUAUAAUGUUCUCAGUAUCAUGCUUUCUGCUGUACAUAUGUAUGGUAUCUUUUAGAAUGCAGUGACCUAUGAUGAUGUGCAUGUCAACUUCACUUGGGAAGAGUGGACUUUGCUGGAUUCUUCUCAGAAGAAUCUCUACAAAGAUGUGAUGAUUGAGACCUACAGGAACCUCACUAUUAUAGGAUACAUUUGGGAAUAUCAUAAUAUUGAAGAACAUUUUCAAAAUUCUAGAAGACAUGUAAGGCAUGAAAGAAGUCAAACUGGAGAGAAGAAACCUUUCAUAAAUACUGAAUGUGGUAAAGAACCAUUGUAUAUAAGAGUCAUCUUCAAAGGCAUGAAAGUGUACCUAUGGGAGAAAAACCUUUUCAAUGUAAUCAAUGUGUUAAAGCCUUUGCCCAUAACAAUCAUCUUCAAAGGCAUAAAAAAACACAUACUGGAGAGAAACACUAUGAAUGUAAUCAAUGUGGUAAAGCCUUUGCACGACAUGAUAAUCUUUAAAAUCAUAAAAGAACACAUACUGGGGAGAAACCCAAUGAAUGUAAUCAGUGAGGUAAAGCCUUUGCACAACACAAUACUCUUCAAAUACAUAAAAGAACACAUACUAGAGAGAAACACUAUGAAUGUAAUCAGUGUGGUAAACCUUUGCACGACAUGCUCAUCUUCAAAUACAUAAAAGAACACAUACUGGAGAGAAACCCUAUGAAUGUAAUCAGUGUGGUAAACCUUUGCAUGACAUGCUCAUCUUCAAAGUCAUAAAAGAACACACACAAGAGAGAAACUCUAUGAAUGUAAGUAAUGUGAUAAAGCCUUUGCACGAUUUAGCAAUCUUCAAAGGCACACAAGAACCCAUACUAAAGAGAAACCCUAUGAAUGUAAUCAAUGUGGUAAAGCCUUUGCACAUCACCAAACUCUUCAAAUUCAUAAAAGAACACAUACUGGAGAUAAACUCUAUGAAUGUAAUGAGUGUGUUAAAGCCUAUGCUCCUCACAGUACUCUUCAAAUACAUAAAAGAAGACAUCCUGGAGAGAAAACCUGUGAAUGUAAUCAAUGUGGUAAAGUCUAUGCUCAUCACAGUACUCUUCAAAUACAUAAAAGAAGGCAUGCUGGAGGAAAAACCUAUGACCAUAAUUAAUGUGGUAAAGCUUUUCGUCAUCACAGUCAUCUUCGAAUGCAUGAAAGAUCACACGCUAGAGAGAAACCCCAUGAAUUUAAUCAAUGUGGUGAGGUCUUUUCACACACAGUACUCUUCAAAUGCAUGAAACAACACCUAUUGUAUGAAUUUAAUCUGUGUGAUAAAGCCUUUGUAUGUAUCAGUAGUCUCUGAAAUCAUUAGAAAAAGACAUACUGCAGAGAAACCCUAAAAAUAUAGUCAGUGUCAUACAGUUUUGCUCUUUGUACACAAAUAAACCUUUUUCUGUGCAGUCAAUCUCAUUUAGCAU